AUGAAGGCCUCAGUCGUUGUGAUCUUCUUUGGUGUAUUUCUUACAUGUACAUAUGCAGCCAAGGAAGCUACAAAGAAGAUUAAAAAGGCUAAGCUAUACGUACCCCAGAUCGACUGUGAUGCCAAGGCAGGGAAGAUAAUCAAUCCUGAAUUCAUUGCAAAAUGCCCUCCUGGAUGUCAAGAUGUAAAAUACCGUGUGUACGGCACAGACAUUUAUGCUUCUUUUUCCAGUGUGUGCGGUGCCGCAAUUCACAGUGGUAUCAUUGACAACACAGGCGGGAAGAUCCUGGUUCAGAAAGUGGCUGGCCACGCUGGUUACCGGGGGAGCUUCUCCAAUGGAGUCCGAUCCCUGUCACUGCCACGCUGGAGGGAGUCCUUCCUCGUCUCAGAGGGCAAGCCAAGAAAAGGUGUGACAUAUCCAUCAACUCUUGAAUAUUCUUCCUCAAAAAGUACAGCUGUUAAACCAGAGCCUAAGAAGCCAGAGCAAGACCUAAAAGCUCUGAAGAGUGCAGGCACCUCCAACACAUCAGAAAAAGCACUGGAACAAGGGGACACAGGCCGCAAGGUAGAUCAGACAUCGCCGGUACCGACACCAACUAUACAACUGGCCACCACAACCCCAACCCCAACAAGCACGACCACAGAUCCUAUCACCACAACACCAAAGCCAACCACAACACCUGCAACAACCAGAACCACGACAGCUGCAGCUGCAGCCAAGUCUCAACCUGGACUGCAGCACAGGGUCAGAGAUAUAGGUUCUAGCAGUGUCCACCCAGCAUACUCAUCUGUGGCAGCUGCAGCAUCAAGACAGGUUCAGGCUGCACAAGGAAGAGGACUGAAUACAGCAUUCAGGGGCACUUCCACAUCUGCAAGUAACAAAAAUAUUUUACGACCCAAUACAGGUAUUCAGCGCCAAGAGCCUGUUGCUGCUUUCCGGAGGCCUGCUGGGUCUCCAGCCCACCUAGCAAUGGAAACAGACUUAUGGAAACCUGGACUGAGCCUUUUUGACACAGGCUUCGCUUCAAAGGAGGACCUGAACCCGAAGCCACUGGAGGCGACCUCCCAGGGGAACCCAAGUUGCAAGGUUGACUUGUCCUUCUUGAUGGAUGGGAGCUGGAGCAUCGGUAAACGCCGCUUCCAGCUCCAGAAGCAGUUCCUCGGUAACGUGGCUCAAGCCCUUGGCAUUGGCAGCGCUGGGCCCCUGAUGGGCAUCGUCCAGUAUGGUGAUGACCCUUCCACAGAAUUUAACCUAAAAACUUAUGCCAACCCUAAGGACCUAAGAAACGCCAUUGAGAAAAUCCCACAGAAAGGCGGACUUUCCAACGUUGGAAAGGCACUUUCGUUUGUUAACAAAAACUUCUUUUCGGAUGCUAAUGGAAACAGAGGUGGAGCGCCCAACGUGGUCGUGGUGAUGGUGGAUGGGUGGCCAACCGACAGAGUGGAGGAGGCCUCCAGGCUGGCCAGGGAAUCAGGGAUCAACAUUUUCUUUGUCACUAUUGAAGCAGCUGCUGAAAAUGAGAAGCAGAAUGUUAUCGAGCCAAAUUUUGUGGACAAGGCAGUGUGCAGAACAAACGGUUUCUAUUCCAUCAGCGUGCCCAGUUGGUUUGGCCUACACAAGAUCGUCCAGCCCCUGGUGAAGCGGGUCUGCGACACCGACCGGCUGGUGUGCAGCAAGACGUGUCUCAAUUCAGCCGACAUCGGCUUCGUAAUCGACGGCUCCAGCAGUGUCGGCACUGGCAAUUUCCGCACUGUCCUCCAGUUUGUAGCCAACAUCAGCAAGGAAUUUGAGAUUUCGGACACCGACACCCGCAUCGGAGCUGUCCAGUACACGUAUGAGCAACGACUUGAGUUCAGCUUCGACAAGUACAGCACUAAGCAGGACGUGCUGAGUGCUAUCAAAAGGAUCAGUUACUGGAGUGGUGGGACCAGCACAGGGGCAGCCAUCAGCUACACCUCUGAGCAACUGUUCACCAAAUCCAAACCCAACAAAAGGAAGAUCAUGAUUCUGAUUACAGAUGGCAGGUCUUACGAUGAUGUCCGAGUGCCAGCCAUGGCAGCUCACCAAAAUGGAGUUAUAGCUUACUCCAUUGGCGUUGCUUGGGCUGCUCAAGAUGAACUGGAAGCCAUUGCAACAGAUCCAGAUAAGGAGCAUUCCUUCUUCGUGGAUGAAUUUGACAACCUCUACCAAUUUGUUAAUCCACUCAUCCAAAACAUUUGCACAGAAUUUAAUUCACAGCCACGGAACUGA